AUGAGUAAUGGUGACAAAGCGCAAGUUGAUAGCACGAAGCAGUUUGGGAUAACAACCUCGAAGAUAAUGGCUUACAUGGCUGGUCAAUCUGGAGGGUAUGGAAUGCUGCGAUUUACAAAGUGUGAUUUGUAUAAUUACGUUCACGGGCUAAGGCUGGCCCGAAUUAGUAAUGGCGAUGUUGCAGCAACGAUCAGUUACUUAGAGUGCAAGGCAAAUGCCGACAUGACAACGGUCGCACGUUACACGCAAACUGCCGAUAAUCGGCUGGGGAGCCUUUUAUGGGUCGACGGUGAGAUGAUGUCGGACUAUCAGUUAUUUGGAGAUGUUCUGGCUUUUGAUUCGACGUAUCGGUCUAAUAAGUACAAGAAACCGCUUGUAGUGUUCUCCGGGUCAAAUCACCACAAACAGACAACCAUUUUUGGAUUUGCGCUGCUGGAGGAUGAGGAAGUUUGUAGUUAUCGGUGGCUGCUAUUAAAUCUUGUUGACGUAAUGGGAGAGAAGAUGUUGUGUGUUGUUGUCACGGAUAGGGACAAAGCGCUGCGCGCAGCCAUUGCGGAGGUGUUCCCCGCAGCUAGGCACCAGAAGGCUAUCUAUGCGAACUUCGAGGUGGAGGACUUUGAGGAGUAUUGGAAGACGGCAGUGGAGUCACUUGGCCUACAAAAUAAUAGUUGGGUUCAAAGCACAUACGAGGUCAAAGAAAGUUGGGCAACAUCAUAUCUCCGGGGCAUGUUCUGUGCGGGAUACAGGACAACCUCAAGAUGUGAGGGGAUUAAUGCAUACAUAAAGGGGUUCCUGAAAUCCACUGAUAGCAUUUUGGAGCUGGUGCACAGCUUAGAUCGUGUUGUAAAGGAUUAUCAAAACAACGAAGUCACGGCGCUUGACUCUAUUGAGCUUUUUGCAUCAAAACUGUACACACGGGUAGUUUUUAGAGAGGUGAAAAAACAAAUUAAGGGUGUUGUGACCUUGCUGUUUCGUGGGAGAGUCAGCAUAAGCACAGUAGCUGUCUACAAGUUUUCAAGAAUGGGUGCUCAUGGUAGGAUACACAAGGUUUUGUUCGACCCCGAUGACAAGAAAAUUGAGUGCGACUGUUUGAUGUGGAAUAGCGAGGGUAUUCCAUGUAGUCACAUAUUCUGCAUGAUGAAAUAUGAGGGUUUGGAACAAAUACCAGACAGUCUUAUAAUGAGAAGAUGGUGCAAGGAUGUAAAGGAUUCUAGACGGAUGCCGGUGACUACGAGACCUGGACAUGAGGGUUGCAUGCUUAAGUAUGCCGCACUUUGUUCGGCCACAAGCUUGGUCACAAGACUUGGUUCGGAGGAGGGUGAAGACUUCGAAUUCGGUAGGGAGAGCAUCGCGAGUCUCAUAGAAAAGCUACGUUACAGAGUUUAUGAGAGGGCAGGCGGUCAGCCAGAGAUGUCGGCGUAG